AUGACUACUCUACCCUACUCGUUCGGCAGCCGCGCGUCGACGAGCAGGGUUGAGAAGUGGAUCAAUGCUCAGGCUGAGACCGGGAACACCGGUCCAGGCGUCAACAAGGAGACGACCGAGUCUGACGACCACGUCCAAUCACUGAGUGAAGAUAAGGCCGAUAGUCUGCACGUAAAAUUUACGUCUACUCCGCUCGCUUCGCCAAAUGCUUCGUUCAACGAAUCGUCGUACGUUUCCCUCUCUAUUUUCUCCCUAUUGCCGGACAGUCUCGAGGAAAGCAGCGAAAAGUCGAUCCCUGUGGGACCCAAGGUCCCUGGGCAGACCCCGAUUGGAACUCCAAGCAGCAAGGUUCCAGAACCACCCACCACAAUGGAAAGCAUCCUGAAGCUGCUGCAAAUUUCACUGGGGAAGCCGCAGAACACCGGUGCUAUCCCGAAGAUCCUGAAAGUCACCUCGACCGCAUUCGAGGAGUGGCGAAACAGCAUGCAGCGGAAGGAUCUCGACCCGAUUCCGGAAGAGCAAAAUGAAGAGGCGAAGAAAAACGAGCAAAACUUGCUUGUGCUCCUUCAGCAGCUCGAGAAUCAGCGCGCUGAGGACCAGCAGUGGCAGCGCCAGCGAGAAGAACAGCUCAAACGCAAGCUGCAGCAGCAAGAACGUGAGCAAGCGAAGCAGAAACAAGAACUGCAGCGUCGACUUCAGCAGGUGGAAGUAAAGCAGAAGGAAGAAAUGCAGCGUUUACUGCAGCAGCAACAACGCGAGCUGGCCGAGCAGAAGUGGGAGCUGAAACAGCGUCUCAAUGAGCAGAAGCAACAGCAAGCCAAGCAGCAACAAGAGCUUGACCGUUUGCGAGAGCUCGAGAGGCUGCAAAAGCUGGCAGAAUCUCGGGACAAGAACCUCUCGUCGGCGGCGGGCCGCAACGGUACGGUCGAAAACAACAAAAGCCAAUCAACAGAAAGCAUCCGAUCAGGAACAUCAUCUGUACCACGUGUUGACGAUGUCCUGCCACCUCCAUCUAACGAGCGAUCUCGCGCCUCUGCAAACUUUGGCAGUUCUUCCGUAAGGAGCUCUCGAUCUUCAUCUUCAAGGUCGUCUACUUUGACAACACCGUCGGUCGUACCUCCCGUUGAGUCAUUCCCCUCUCUCGUGCUGCCGCUGCCGGCACCGCCUCCGUACUAA